AUGUCAUCAUCAACCUCAUCAAUUGAGAAUGAUAAGAAUGAAUAUUAUCGUAUAUUCAACAAGAUUUACAAUAAACGACUAAAAUAUGUAUUAAAUGUCAAUAUAAUACUAGCGAUAUUAAUGUCAUUAAUUUUAAAUUUACCAUUUCAUCAAAAAUAUAAAUAUGUUUCAUUAUUCAUUAAAAUUCCUAUUUACUUUGCAGCAUUAACUUUAAUAAGACAAGUUAGAAAAAAAUACUCAACUGUUGAAUAUUCUAUUCAUAAAACUUUGGGCUCACAAAUAUAUCAUUCAAUAUUUUCACAAAAUUUUUUACAUGUAUCAUUAUUUUAUAUUAUAUCAGCAAUAUUCGUAUAUGGAAUAUUUCUAUUCAACUUACCAUUUACGUUUGAUUAUUAUGUUAUAUCAAAAGAAUAUAGAAAAAACCCAUUAUUAAAUGAUGAAUGGGUAUAUUUUUGGACUUGUCCGAUCAUAAUUGGUCUUUUUUAUGCAGCAAAUCAAUUGAUUUUUCAAAGAAAUAGAUUGAACUUUGAAAUUGGUCAUAAUAGAAAUAAUCCCGAAUCAAAUUUAUUCAAACAUAUACCUCAAGCAAUUGGAAACUCAUUUGGGUUAGCAUUAAUAUUUAUAGUUUUAAAUCCUAUACUUUAUUGGAUUAUAAAACCUUAUUUAUAUAAAUCAUUAUUUUUACUUUCAAUUCUUGGACUAGAUACUUCGGUACCACCAAAUAAUACAAGCUUCAUAACCUAUUUGAAGCUAUCAUAUCUUUCAUAUAUCAUAAUAUUAAACUGGGAAUUUGAAAAUCAUGUUUUUGAUGUUUAUGCAACUAUUGGAUGUUUGGACGGUAAAAAACCAAUUUCAUCAUAUAGUAAAGAUCCAUUGACAUGUUUGAUUAAUGGGUUGAAAGAUGUGUCACCAAAUCAUCAAUUGAGUAGAUUGACUGCAUUUCAAGAGUUUGCUUAUAUUUCAAAUACAAAUCAAAAGGAAGGAUUAAAAUUGAGAUUAGCUAUUUUCAGUAUUCGUUCUAAAAAUGAAAAAAUAUGGCCUGCUUUAUUCAAUGAAUGUUCUUUAGUGAUAAGAGAAACAAGUGACAGAGUUAAUUAUAGAAGUUCUUCUGACAUGAAAAUAUUGAAAAGUUUACAAGAUUCUUUAGUUAAAGAUGUCAAUACUGGAUUCAAACCUAAACAAACAAAUGCAUUAUUUGGUAAUUCAUUCACUUCAUCACCGAUAAACACAAGUUCAAGUCAAAAUAAACCUACACCUCCUGAAAAACCAACCACAUCCAAUAACAAGUUAAUUAAUUAUUGGCAAUACGAAAUAGUAGCACCAAUAAAGAAACUAAUCACAUUUUAUUAUCCAAAAUUAUCAAAAAUUCCAAAUUUUGAAAUUAAGAUUAAAAAAAUUCAAAAUACUUUAUUUCAAUUAAAACAACAAUUUUUAGAUUCAAAAGUCGGUAUUUUAUUCCGUGUCACUUUGAAAAAAGAUUGUGAAUCAAGAAUCAGAAAUCCAGUAAAUUAUGGCAAUGCAGUUAUUGCAAUUUCAAAUAUACUUCAACAAUCAUUACAAGAAGAUUCCCUUAAUAUAAUAAAAUCAGAAGAUAUUAGUACGACUUUGAACUUAUUAGAGAAGUCAAUAAGAUCAUCAACAAAUUACAUUGAUUAUUUACCAGCAUCAGUAUUUCUAACAACUAAAAUAAAAAAUUCACUUAUAUCAAAACUAAGAAAUCUUACAAUGCAUGAAUUUUACGAAAUUUGUUUAACUUUUGAUAAUCAAUUAAAUGAUUUAAUAUUAAAUCAAAAAACUUAUAAAUUAGCUAAAUGGUGUAUUGAUAUGACAAUUGCUGAAAGACAAGAAAAAUCAAAGUAUCAAUAUUAA